GUAAAAACAGUUAAGCGCGAGAAGUAUGGCUGACGAUUUCUAUCACAAUUCCUCGUAGAGUCCGUCGUGUUGUGUAGCUAAAAAGAAGGAGCUUUUUGUAUAAUUAUUCGCGAAUUUAAUCCCUAUUGUCCAAUAUACUUUAAGGACACUCUACUAUAGUUAUCCAAUGUGUAAAGUAGAGAAAUGUGUGUGUAAUUUUUGGCUUAAUCUUGUGCAUUGAAAGUGGCUCUGGUGAAAAAGCGAGUGAAAGUGAGUGUGCUGCCGUUGUUGGUGGAAAAUUCCUUCCAAUUAGUAUAUUUAAAGCCAUUAGAAAAAAAUAUGUAUUGCUCCCAAGGAUAUUAACAUUGUAUGACACAAAGUCCGAGACCACAGGCAACAAGAGCCGUAAUCCUUAUGUUUGCGCUUGUCGUACGACAUGUCAUUAUUAAUGUGGGGGAGAUUCAUCAGUCGACAGCAUUUUAUUCUCCAUCCAAUUAAAGAGAGCUUCAGUACGAAAAUACAUACAGCCAUAUAAGCAUAAAUCCUUUUCGUGGAAUUUUACUGAAACAAUCACUCUUCACCGUGAAUUUCUAUUUUUUCGCUGAAAAAAAAACGAGGAAAAGCUUCGUCGUCGGAAGGAUAAAGCUAUUUGUACUUAAUUGUGAAUGUGAAAAUUACUUAAUUUAUAGAGAAGUAAGCAACAUUACAUGAAGAUCUGUGCCUUUGGUGAUACAUAAAACCUGAUAAUCUGUGUGCCUUGAGGAGGAGGAUAUAGCAUACUGGAUCCGCUGUUGGUACGCCGUGAUACUUUCGAAUUGGACUCGAUAAAUUUGGUUGAUGUCCCAGAACUUACUAGUCCCGAUUCUAAUUAUUCAGCAUUUUCUGAUCAAGACGAAGAAACGGAAGAAGUAGCAGAAAUUGCCCACCCGCGCUACAAAAUGGGGCUAGAUUUUAUGGAUAGCACAGCGGUAGACUACGACAAUGCCCUUUUGAAUACAGGAUUUGGAAAAUUUCACUAUCUACUCUUGACUGUUUGUGGACUAAUUUAUAUGAACACGGCAAUUGGCAUCACAAUCUUGUCGUUUGUGCUGCCUUCUGCCACGUGCGAUUUUCAAAUGACAUCAGAAGACAAGGGUUGGCUCACGGCAUCACCAAUGCUGGGCAUGGUGAUUGGUUCCUAUUUCUGGGGUUGUCUCGCAGAUACUAAGGGUAGAAAAAUUGUGCUCAUUGCAUCGCUCUUGGUUGAUGGAAUUUGCGGACUGAUAUCAUCCGUGGCGCAGUACUUUUGGCUCUUUAUGCUAUGCCGAUUCUUCAAUGGAUUUGGGAUAACAGGAGCUAUGGGAAUCUGCUUUCCAUAUUUGGGUGAAUUCCAACCAACAAGGUAUCGGGAAAAGAUUCUGUGUUGGAUGGAGAUGUUUUGGACUGUUGGUAUAAUCAUUCUACCAGGAAUUGCAUGGAUAAUAAUUCCGUUGAACAUAAAAAUAGACCAAAAUGCGUUCUUAUUUAAUAGUUGGAAUCUAUUUGUGGCAAUUUGUGCACUUCCGAGCCUUCUACUUGGCUUUUGGCUGUGUUUCUUCCCGGAAAGUCCAAAGUUUCUAAUAGAAUGCGGAGAAACGGAUUUGGCACUGGAAGUUCUAAAAGAUAUUUAUGGAUCAAAUACAGGAAAUGAUCGCAAUGAUUAUCCCGUGAAGACACUGAAGGAAAAGGAAAAAAGUGGUGGAAUAAGUCAGAGGACUAAUAAGUCAAUUCGGGCAUUGAGCAUGCGAAAGCCCAAAGAAUUUAAAUUACUCUGGACGGAGAUUUGGGAGCAAACUAAAGCAUUGUGCAAGCCACCACAUCUUAAGCAUACAGCCCUCACGUGCAUUAUUCAAUUCGGAAUAACAUCAAGCUACUACACUCUCAUGAUUUGGUUCCCAGAACUAUUCUAUCGAUUUGAGGAAUACGAACAAGCUCAUCCGGAUAAAUCAGCCUCAGUUUGUGAUGUCUCUUCAAUUGUUUUGGGGAAUGUGAAUGGAACGUAUGUUGACGACUUCUGCGGAGCUCCAAUUGAAGACAGUGUCUAUAUUCACACAAUUAUAAUUGGUUUAGCAUGUAUUCCAACUAGUUUAUGGCUACCACUUUGCGUUCAUAAACUCGGUGCACGAUUCUUUUUAGUAUUCAGCCUCGUUGUGGCCGGAGCUGUGACCAUAGGUCUCUACUUUGUAAUUGAUUCAACACAGAAUCUCAUCCUAUCCUGUAUUUUUGAAGCCCUGACAUCCCUCGGUAUAAGUUUAGUCUACACUGUCAUGGUAGAUUUAUUUCCAACGAAUUUAAGGGUUAUGGCCGCAGCCUUAUCAUUAACAUUUGGCCGAGGAGGUGCCUUGUUGGGGAAUUUGCUCUUUGGAUUCCUAAUUGAUCUAAACUGUGUGGUUCCGAUUGUUCUUUUCUCGUCAAUGCUUUUUGUCAGCGGUCUUCUCUGUUAUUUAUUGCCAAAUACAGGAACACAGGCAUUAGAUUAAAAAGCAAUUGUUUUGUCUUUGGGAAAGAAAAUCCUGAUAAAAAAAAAUAAAGUAAAAGAAAAUCACCUUAUUUUGGACAUAUGAAGUAUCACGAGCUUUAUAAUAUAAUUUUUUGUAUAAGAAAGUAAUUAAAAAAAAAAAAGAAAUCAUCCCUAAAGUCUAUUUUUUUAAUCCGAUAUUUACAUUCAUUGGAAUUUUUACAAUAGAUCUACUUCCUGUACUUCAAAUCCUCAUUUGCUAUAUUAGGGCUAUUAUUUAAUAAAUAAUUGAAAAUAAAAUGAAAAGUAUCUCUAAUAUACCCAAAUAGGCUAUAAUAAAUGAAAUUUGUAAUAAGAUCGAGAACAACCAAUAAAGACUUUAGAUUAUCACUAUUAUGUUUAAGAAAAGUUGUAUUGUAGAAAUAGUUCUUGAAUACUUUAUAUUGUACACUUUAGCGAUUACUAAGUGAUUGAUCAUUAUGUGUGUUAAAAGGACGAGAUGAUGAUGAUAUUGUUAAUUUCUAAAGAUAUAUAUUUAUAUAAUGUUUAUAGAAUAAUGGCAAAAUUUAGUUUUAAAUAAAUAUACACGAAAUACUUAAAAAGA